AUGGUGUCAGUAGUCAGCCUGACGACACAAGUAGUGACCAAAAACCGAUAUACUUUUUACAAUAUAGUUUGUUUGAAUAAAAUAAAAAAAUAUUAUUUUCAGUUUGAUGCUGUAGCAUACAUCAACAAGGUGUUCCCAACGGAGCAGUCGCUGUCUGGCGUCGAGAGCGCGGCGGCGCGGUGCGAGUUCCGCCUGGCCGGGGUGGACACGGACAUCCGCAGACUCGUGAGGGCGCAUGCGCAGCAACGACACGCCGGGCAGGACGCCUUACGAGACGCACAGAGGUGUAUCGCUGAGUUGGCAUUGCAGGUAGCAGACAUAAACAAAGCGUCAGAGCGCAGCGAAGUAGUCGUCCGCGAGAUCACAGCGGAAAUAAAGCAGCUGGACUGCGCUAAACACAAUCUAACAGCAGCUAUCACCACACUGAACCACUACCAUAUGCUAGUGGGAGGCGUGGAUUCGUUGAGGGCUAUGACGGCGGCCAGGCAGUAUAAGGAGGUCGUGUUGCCCUUACAGGCUAUCAUGGAGGUGCUGCAACACUUCGAAUGCUACAAAGACAUAAAGGAGAUCUCCUCUCUCCGCGACCAAGUGUGCCAGAUCCGCACCGCGCUCGGCGCGCAGAUCCUUAGCGACUUCAAGGAGUCCUUCGGCGGCAAGGGCGGGCCGCCCGUGCGCACGCUGGCCGACGCCUGCGCCGUGGUGGACGCGCUGGAGCCCAAGGUCAAGAAGGAGCUGCUGCAUUGGUUCAUCAACAUGCAGUUGCAGGAGUACGUGCUGCUGUUCAGCGCCGGCGAGGAGAGCGCGUGGCUGGCGCACGUGGAGCGCCGCUACGCCUGGCUCAAGAAGCACCUGCUGGCCUUCGAGGAGGCGCGCGCGCAGCUCUUCCCGCCGCACUGGCGCCUGUCCGAGCGGCUCGCCGAGCAGUUCUGCCAGCUGACCCGCGAGGCGCUCGGCCGGCUGAUGGCGUCGCGCCGGAACGAAGUGGACGUCAAGCUCCUGCUGCACGCCAUACAGAAGACGUACAACUUCGAGCUGCUGCUGCACAAGCGAUUCGUCGGCACGGACGUGGGAACCGACGCCGCCGGCCCGCGCGCUUCGGAUUCGCAGAACGCUUUCGACUCCGACGCUAAAGAGUCGGCCGCGGACGCGGACCUCGCUCCGGGGGGCGGCGGCGGGGGCGCCGCGUCGCCGUGGGUGGGCCUCAUCGGCGGCUGCUUCGAGCCGUACCUGUCGCUGUACAUCAGCAGCCUGGACGCCAACCUGCGGUCGCUGAUGGACCGGUUCGCGCAGGACGCGCGCGCGGCGCCGGGCGCGGGCGGCGGCGCGGGCGCCGUCAUGGCCAGCUGCGCCGACCUCUUCCUGUUCUACAAGAAGUGCCUGGUGCAGUGCGCGCGCCUCAGCACCGGCGAGCCCAUGCUGGAGCUGGCGGGCGUCUUCCAGAAGUACCUGCGCGAGUACGCCAGCGCCGUGCUGCAGAGCGCGCUGCCGCGCGGCGGGGGCCCGGGCGGCGCGGGGGCCCUGCCGCUCGCCUUGGCGGGGGCCUCGGUGCCCAGCCUGGUCACCAAUCUCCACACGUUCCUGAGGGACGACCCGGCCGCCAGAUACACGAAACAAGAAAUUGCAAAAAUAACAUCGGUAAUAACUACGUCGGAGUAUUGCCUCGAAACCACCGUGCACCUGGAGCAGAAACUCAAGGAGAAGGUCUCCCCGGGUCUCGCGGACCGCAUCGACCUGCUCCCGGAGCAGGACUUGUUCCACAAAAUGAUCGGCACCUGCAUCCAGCUGCUAGUGCAGGACCUGGAACUCGCCUGCGAGCCGGCUCUUCAAGCUAUGACGAAAAUAUCUUGGCUCCAUUUCGACAAUGUCGGCGAUCAAAGUUCUUAUGUGACGCAAAUCAUUAUGCACUUGAAGAACGCCGUACCCGAUUUGAGAGACAACUUAGCGUCUUCUAGAAAAUAUUUUACCCAGUUUUGUAUUCGUUUUGCGAAUUCUUUUAUUCCAAAAUUUAUACAGAACAUUUACAAAUGCAAACCUAUUUCGACUGUCGGAUCCGAGCAGCUAUUGUUGGACACCCAUAUGUUGAAAACGGCGUUGCUAGAGCUGCCGUCUAUCGGGUCAGAGGUGAAACGACCCGCGCCAGCGACGUAUACGAAAGUUGUUAUAAAAUUAAUGACGAAGGCCGAAAUGAUUUUGAAAUUAGUUAUGGCGCCUUUAGAUGGAAAUUUGGAAGGAUUUGUGGCUCAAUUUGUGCAGUUGUUGCCUGAAUGUACCUUGGCCGAGUUUCAUAAAGUGUUAGACAUGAAAGGUGCGAAAUUAUCGAAGGCGCAGUUGAGUUCUUUAGAUGCACUGUUUAAGGAAACGUCGAAGAAUGUAAAUAGCGAUAAUAAUAAAUAGUACUCAACGACAUCUAAGCGACAUCAUAAUUUUGCCCAAAAUUGUGAUUAAAAUGUGACUAAGAACUUGACUGCUUGAAAUAAUAUUAUGGACGGCAUCAUGAUCGAAUGCCAGUAAAAAAUUAAUACCAAGGCGGAAAUUAUAAACUUUAAUUUCCGUAACUUGUGAAAAUAAUAUGUUAAUAUGACUACUUUCACUAUUUUACUUGAAGUCAUUCUUAUGUCUAUAAACUCAACUAAUAAAUGAUAUUGUAUAUAUUAUACAUAUUUCAUCACAAAGAAAAUACGCUGUUUACCUAAUAAAAACAUU